AUGGAUGAAGAAAUACCUCGCGAAGUCAAGCUGUUCAUCAAUCAGCACCUUACCGGCGACGAAAUCUACCAAAUACUCGAGCAGCUUCGCCGAACAUGCAUCCCGAAUAACCAAGUUCUUUGGACUGGCAUGCCGCCAAUGGGACCUCUGAUGGAUACCAACAACGCCCUCUGCCCGAAAAAGCAAAAGUCUCCCAAGCAGUGGUCGACUUAUGUUCAUGGGGCGUCGGCGAUCUUCGCUUGGCUCAUCAGCGAGGCCGAAUCUGUGACUGUCUUAUCGAGGCCGCCUCCGGUGCGGUUCCACCCGUCAGAAGGAACCAGCUUCCAAACAAUAGAGCAGCCCAUCAUCAAGGGAACAACUGGUAACAAAGGUGUAAAUGCUAUUCGUAUCGUACACCCGCGAGUGCCCGACGCAGCGGAUUUCACUUAUCAGCUGUGGCCAAAAGACGGGGUUGCAGCUUGGGUCUCUACCUUCGGCAUUGUGACUUGUACAGACAGAUGGAGGGACAUCGGGUCCCCACAAAUCAUCGGUGUGUGCGAUAAAAGCAGGGUUUUCUCUCACAACCAGGAAGCAAGCUCGAAGUCAUCUAAGAUGAACAGGGGAGGCGCACAGUCGGCACUGUCAAACAAUGAAAAAGGUAUCGAAGAACAUGAACUUCGAGAACGGCAUGCGCAAGAAAGAUGUCAAAUGGAAGCCAAGGCAACGGAAGCGAAGAACGCACUCCGAAGAAAGCAAUCCAAGGAUCGCCAAGAUCUUUGCGAGCAGCACAAGAGGAGAAGGCAAGAACUAAAGAAGAACGACAAGAAAAGAACAGAAGCCCGGGAAAAGGAAGUCAGAGAACAAAAGCAACUUGCGAGGAAGCACAGAAAAGAGAAAAGCAAGUUGCGCGUCUGCGAGAGGGCAGACAUCGUAUCGCUUGCCAAACGACAGAACCGAGAAUUGGAGGCUCUCAGAAAAGGGAAGCGGGUUGAUCGCAAGACUCUGGAGGAGAGACAAAGAGCUCGGGUCUUGCCCUUGAAGCGCGAAAAUAUGCAAGAACGGGCCGGCAGGUGGGAUGAUGCCCUGCAGUCGCCGCUUCCCAACACACAAGCAAGUACACACCCGCCGGAGUCGGAGAUCGAAUGCCUAUCCUUCAUGUCACGACUUGAGCGUCGCUUCUGGAGCUUUAUUGAGAGCCUGGUAUAUCUUACACGUAGUUGA